AUGCUAUUCAACAUCCCACACUGCAAAUCACAAGCUCCUGUAACCGCCGCCGCCGCCGUCGCAGCUAUCUCCAGCCCCCGCUUCUCCUCCGCGUCACUGCCCCUGCCGCUGCCGGCGCUGGUACCGCCACCUCCUACUCCGCUGCCCGAGGAGAGCCCAUUCGCCGCGCUCCUCGCCUCUGAUCCCGCGCCGCCGGAGCCUCUCCGCCAGGUGCUCGCCACGGGCGACGUCCACGCCGCGCUCCGCGGCCUCCCGGGCCUCGCGCGCCAGCUAUUCCGUUCUCGACGGAACGCGAGGCUCGCGACGGAACGCGUGGUGGCGGGCCACGGCGUGGCCCCUGAUGUCAGGGACUGCAACCGCGUGCUGCGCGUGCUCCGUGACACGGCCAGGUGGGACGACGUCCGUGCUGUAUACGGAGAGAUGCUCCAGCUCAGGAUUGAGCCGACCAUUGUCACAUACAACACUUUGCUGGAUUCUUUCCUGAAGGAGGGGUGGAAGGACGAGGCUUCCAUGCUGCUCAAGGAGAUGGAAACCCAGGGGGGUGGUUGCUUGCUGAAUGAUGUCACGUACAGUGUGGUGAUUGGUUUUUUGGCCAGGGAAGGUCAUCUGGAGAACGCGGCGAAGCUGGUUGACAGCAUGCGGCUGUCCAAGAAAGCCUCAUCCUUUACCUAUAACCCACUUAUCACUGCGUUGCUUGAAAGGGGUUUUGUACAAAAGGUUGAAGCUUUGCAUAUGGAGAUGGAGAAUGAGGGCAUUAUGCCUACAGUGGUGACAUGCAAUGCCAUCAUUCAUGGGCUGCUUAAAAGUGAGCAGGUAGAGGCUGCGCAGCUGAAAUUUGCGGAAAUGAGAGCAAUGGGCUUACUGCCAGACCUUAUCACGUACAAUUCUUUGCUAAAUGGAUAUUGUAAGGCAGGUAAUUUGAAGGAGGCGCUUUGGUUGCUUGGCGAUUUGAGGCGUGCAGGUUUAUCGCCAACAGUUUUGACAUAUAACACUCUUAUAGAUGGUUAUUGUAGAUUAGGAGAUUUAGAGGAAGCUAGGAGAUUGAAAGAGGAAAUGGUAGAGCAGGGGUGUUUUCCUGAUGUUUGUACAUAUACAAUUCUCAUGAAUGGUUCACAUAAGGUGAGGAACCUUCCUAUGGCAAGAGAGUUCUUUGAUGAGAUGCUGAGCAAAGGUUUGCAGCCAGAUUGCUUUACCUAUAAUACAAGGAUUUGUGCGGAGCUAACCCUAGGGGAUACUCCUAAGGCUUUCCAGUUGAGGGAGGUGAUGAUGUUGAAAGGAAUAUAUCCUGAUACGGUCACAUACAAUGUUAUUAUCGAUGGACUGUGCAAGACUGGUAACCUGAAAGAUGCCGAAGAUUUGAAGAUGAAGAUGGUCAGUGAUGGUUUACAGCCUGACUGUAUCACAUACACCUUCUUGAUUCAUGCACACUGUGAAAGAGGACUCCUAAGGGAAGCAAGGAAACUUCUUAAUGGCAUGGUCUCAGAUGGUUUGCGACCCUCUGUUGUGACGUACACCAUAUUAAUUCACACGUGUUGUAGAAGAGGAAACCUUUAUUCAGCAUAUGGUUGGUUCCGGAAGAUGCUGGAUGCGGGAAUUGAACCUAAUGAAAUAACAUAUAAUGUGCUCAUACAUGCACUAUGCAGGACAGGCAGAACUCUGUUGGCUUAUCAUGAUUUUCACGAGAUGCUGGAAAGGGGAUUAGUGCCAAACAAAUACACGUAUACUUUAUUGAUAGAUGGGAACCGUAGAGAAGGUAACUGGGCAGAUGCAAUGAGAUUGUAUUUUGAGAUGCAUCAAAAUGGUGUUCCUCCAGAUUAUUGCACACAUAAUGCAUUGUUCAAGGGAUUUGAUGAAGGCCACAUGUACCAUGCAAUCGAGUACUUGGAGAAUAUUGUUUUGGGGUGA